CUCCCUUUUUUUCGAAUUGGUCUUGAGGGGUAGAUUCGAGUUACAAAAUGGCGGCGUGGGGCGUGUGGAGUGCUGUUCUCCCAACUGUCUCCUGCUGAACGGACGGCUCUCCCCCUCACUGCCCAACGCAGAGAGGCGAGGUCCCCGAGGGACAUGGUGUUUGAGUCUCAGGGCUUGCCGACCACCGAAUCCUUCGAGGCUCUCAGCGCCCCGGAAGCGAUCGGGCGCCGCUUCAGACCCGAGCGCCGCGGCCGCGACCUCGCACCUGCUCGCCGCUACGCACCCGGGCUUCGCCGCACCCACAAGCCAACGAGGGCCGCGGCUGCCGCCGGCGAGGUUCGAAAAAAUGGCCAAAAGAAUUGCCGAGAAGGAAUUGACGGAUAGGAAUUGGGAUCAAGAAGAUGAAGCAGAAGAGGUGGGAACAUUCUCGGUGGCCAGUGAGGAAGUCUUGAAGAAUAGAGCCAUAAAGAGAGCAAAGCGUAGAAGUGUUGGAUUUGAAUCUGAUGGUGGAGGGGCCUUUAAAGAUUUUAAAGGUUUGGUUGUACCUUCUGGAGGAGGGGGGUUUUCUGGAUUUGGUAAUGGCGCUGGAGGGAAGACUUUGGAAGGACUGUCAAACGGAAACAGCAUAACUAGUGCCCCUCCCUUCUCCAGUGCAAGGACAGCGACCGAGACCAAGGCCACCUUUGGGUCUGUUGCUGUAAAUGGCCCUACCUUCUUGGUCGAUAAAAAGAUUUCAAAUCCCAGAACUAAUGGCGACAGUCAGCAGUCCGCCUCCUCUGGCCUCACCUCCAGUGCCGCCCGCCACACGAAUGCCUAUCAUAAGCAGUUGGCGGCCUUAAACUGCUCCGUUCGGGAUUGGAUUGUGAAGCACGUGAAUACAAACCCGCUCUGUGAUCUGACACCUAUCUUUAAAGACUAUGAGAAAUACUUAGCAAGCAUCGAACAGCAGCAUGGGAACAGUGGCAGCAGUAAUUCUGAAGGUGAAACCAACAAAAUCUCAGUUGAAACACAGCCUCCUUCCCUGUUUGGCUCAACAGAAUUACAGCAAGAGUCAACAUUUUUGUUUCAUGGUGACAAAACUGAGGAUACAUCUGAAAAGAAGGUGGAGGCUGCGUCUGAAAAGAGCAAAAAGGACCCGUCACUAGGAGCAACAAGUGCCUCAUUUAAUUUCGGCAAGAAAAUUGAUAGUUCUGUUUUGGGCUCCUUAAACUCUGGCCCCUUGACUGGAUUUUCAUUUUCUUCUGGAAACGCCAGUUUAUUUGGCAAAGAUAUUACCCAGAGUAAACCAGUUUCUUCACCAUUUUCCCCUAAAACGUUGGAGAGCCGAGCAGAAGGUGGCGGCAACGACUGCAAAGGUGGAGAUGAAGAAGAGAAUGAUGAGCCACCCAAAGUAGUAGUUACUGAAGUAAAAGAAGAAGAUGCUUUUUACUCCAAAAAGUGUAAACUAUUUUACAAGAAAGACAAUGAAUUUAAAGAGAAGGGUGUAGGCACUCUGCAUUUAAAACCUACAGCUAAUCAGAAGACACAGCUUUUAGUGCGGGCCGACACCAAUUUAGGCAACAUACUGCUCAAUGUUCUGAUUCCACCCAGUAUGCCGUGUACUCGCACAGGGAAAAACAAUGUGCUUAUUGUUUGCGUUCCAAACCCACCCAUUGAUGAGAAGAACGCCACCACCCCAGUUACCAUGUUAAUUCGGGUAAAAACAAGCGAGGAUGCAGAUGAGCUGCACAGAAUUUUACAGGAGAAAAAGGAUGCCUGAACACACUUCGGCUGAGGAGUCGUUGCCAAGUUGCUGCUUCCCCACCGCCCCCUAAACUUAGUUUUCUUCUCUUCCUACUUUGACAUUCUAGGACUUAUAGAUAACUUAUAAGUUUUGUGGGGAAGAUUAACACGGCCAAUAAAACCUUCAACGUUAAGUGUCAAGAAA